AUGGCGCCAAAGCGAAAGAAAAGUCCCUCAAUCGAUCCCCAGGGAAUGUUCUCAGGAAUGGUUGUGUUUUUGGUCGAAACUGGAGUUCAGUCGCGUCGCUUCCAGAUUUGGAAGCAGAAGCUGGUGCAAAUGGGCGCUACUAUCGAGGAGCGCUUUUCGAAGAAAGUCACUCAUGUUUUUGCUAUUAAUUCACAGACCCUUCUCCAACAAUUGGAUGGAAAACUACUAAAACGCUUCAAACCAAGGGUUCUCCUUUAUCAAUGGCUAGAGGACAGUUUGAGAUUAGGGGAAAAGGUUUCUGAGGAUCAAUAUCAUAUACUAGUUGAUUUGGAAGGAGAGAAUACAAAAGACAAGUCUUUGGUUUUGAAAUUAGCCAAUGAGAACACUUCCAGUUCUGAUGAACUGUCACCUCACAGUGAAAAGAUCAAAUCUGAUGUGAAAAGCUUCAAAUCAGAUGCAGAAAGUAAAGGUUUGUCUGAGGUACCAAAUAGUCCCAGACGACGUUCUGACAGCUCACCUCUCUCACGAAGUCCUACCAAUCCAAUAACCUCUAGUACUCCGCAUUCAGAUGCUAUUCCUGUUAUUGAGAAGUUGCCCUUUAAAAUUGAUAGUGCAGACCAGGUCAAAGAUUUGCCUGGCAUUGGCAAGUCAAUGCAGGAUCAUAUUCAGGAGAUAGUCACUACUGGGAGAUUAUCCAAGUUGGAGCACUUUGAAACAGAUGAAAAGGUACGGACCAUUAGUUUGUUUGGGGAGGUUUGGGGUAUUGGUCCAGCCACGGCCCUAAAAUUAUAUGAGAAAGGGCAUCGCACACUAGAGGAUCUGGUGAAUGAAGAUUCAUUGACACAUUCACAGAAGUUAGGAUUAAAAUAUUUUGAUGAUAUUAAGAUGAGGAUUCCACGCCAAGAGGUUCAAGAAAUGGAACUACUGCUACAGAGAACAGGUGAAGAGAUGUUACCUGGGGUGGUUAUUUUAUGUGGAGGAUCAUAUAGACGUGGAAAAGCUUCUUGUGGUGAUUUGGACAUUGUGAUCACGCACCCUGAUGGGAAAAGUCAUAAAGGUUUUCUAACAAGGUAUGUGAAGCGUUUAAAGGAUAUGAAAUUCCUAAGAGAGGAUUUGAUUUUCAGUACUCACAGCAAGGAGGGUACUGAUUCAGGUGUUGACACAUAUUUUGGGCUUUGCACAUAUCCUGGGCGAGAACUGCGGCACCGAAUAGACUUUAAGGUAUAUCCAAGGGACAUAUAUGCGUUCGGUCUAAUAGCAUGGACAGGGAAUGAUGUAUUAAACAGGAGGCUGAGACUACUAGCAGAAUCCAAAGGAUAUCGGCUUGAUGAUACUGGAUUAUUUCCAGCUACCCAGGCUUCAGGAGGCAAGCGAGGUGCAAGAGCUAGUGCAAGUCUGAGAUUUGACAAUGAAAAAGAGGUGUUUGAUUUCCUAGGAUUUCCUUGGUUGGAACCGCAUGAAAGAAAUCUGUGA